UUUCCUUUUAAUUUGUUAAUAAAAGAAAUAUGAACGAAGUUAACGGAUUGUCUGACAAGCGAAAAAACAUUGAGCAAAUUGACUUACUUGGUUUAGAUGAUACUUGUAACUCAAUAGAGCAAUCACUACCUGGUUCAAAUUCUGCCUCCUCGAAAAUCGGAAAAGUAAUACGAAUCCAUGAAUCAUCAGAUGAAAGUCAAUCAGAAUACAAUACGUACAAUAGUCCCCAAUCCAAGGUCGAUAAGAAUGACGUCUAUGAUCGCUAUCAUUUUGAUUUGGAAAGAAACAAAAGUUUACCAAUACAUGACUAUAAAGAUGAAAUUGUUGCUAAUAUUAAGCAAAAUCCGGUUACAAUAUUGGAGGGCGAUAUAGGUUGUGGAAAAACAACACAGGUUCCCCAAUAUAUUAUUGACGAUGCCUAUUCUCGGAGAGAAUAUUGCAAAAUUGUUUGCACACAACCGCGAAAAAUAGCAGCAAUUUCCCUAGCGAAUCGUAUUUGCGUAGAACGAAAUUGGCCCCAAGAUUCUCUAGUAGCAUAUCAGAUCGGCCUUAAUUCAAACGUAAGCGAAGAUACUCGUUUGCUUUUUUGCACUACCGGUGUUCUACUGCAACAACUAGUCCAUGAAAAAUCAUUGAAGAGAUAUACUCAUAUUAUAUUGGAUGAGGUACAUGAACGCGAUCAAGAAAUGGAUUUCUUGUUAUUCCUUAUUCGACGUUUAUUAACAACAAAUUCAAAGCAUGUUAAAAUUGUGUUAAUGUCCGCCACUAUUAAUGCCACGGAGUUUUCAAAUUAUUUUAAAGUACUUGGUACACCAGCCCCCAUAGUGAAAGCCGGGAAUCAUCGCAUGUUUGAAACUUUAGAAUUUUACUUCUGCGAUCUAAGCCUUAUAAAUCCUAAGAACUUUCGACCAAACUAUAAUAAUUGCCAUAUUAGUGAAAAAAUGUAUAAGAUUGCUUUCAAAUUAAUCGGAGUCUGUAAUAAUAUUGAAAAAAAAUUGUCCGAAUUGAAUAAGACAACCUUGUCUCCUAAUAAAGCAUCGAUUUUAAUAUUUUUGCCUGGAAUUUACGAAAUUUUUCGUAUGAAUCAAGUAAUUAAUGAAUGCAAUGAUGUCUGCAGAAUUAAAUUACAUAUCAUACGUUUACAUUCUUUAAUACCGCCGAAUGAACAACUUAAUGUAUUUCAUCGGUCUCCACCGGGCUAUCGCAAAGUAAUUUUGUCAACAAAUAUUGCCGAAAGUUCCGUAACAGUACCGGAUGUUAAAUAUGUCAUUGAUUUUUGCCUAACAAAAUUAUUGACAACCAAUUCGGGAACCAAUUUCACAUCCCUGCAAUUGCAGUGGGCUUCUCGUGUCAAUUGUCGGCAGCGGGCCGGACGUGCAGGUCGCGUUAUGGACGGACGGGUUUAUCGUUUAGUGGAGCGAUCUUUUUAUGAGAAAAUGAAUGAAUUUAUGAUACCAGAAAUGGUUCGUUGUCCAUUAGAAAAUGUGAUAUUAAAAGCUAAAAUUUUGGAUAUGGGACAACCGUGCGAUAUACUAAGAUUAACAAUGACGCCACCCAAUCUUAAAGAUAUUUGUAAUACCAUCUUAACUCUGAAAGAAUUGGGAGCUUUAUAUAAAACUGUUGAUGGAUCGUAUUCGAUACAAGAUGGCGAUAUUACGUACAUCGGUCGUAUUAUGGCUAAUUUUCCUUUAAGUAUACAUCUGACGCGUUUGAUUGUUUUGGGUUACAUUUUCGGUGUUCUAGACGAUGCCAUUAUUAUGGCCGCCGGUUUAAGUGUACGGUCAGUGUUUGUAUUGGAAAGCGUGUUGCAACAAAAUAAUAUAGACGCGUACAUACAAAAACUGGUAUGGGCCAAUGGUUCUGGUUCGGAUUUAUUUGCCAUUUUAAGAGCUUAUAAGACUUGGACACACAUACGUGAGCAAAGCGGCCUAAGAGAUGAAAUAAUGGAAAACCAUUGGGCUGAACGUUUCUUCGUUAAUUUGCGUUCAAUUAAGGAAAUGCAUUUGUUAGUCCGAACGAUUUAUGAACGCUUGGAUCAUUGCAAUUUAAAUCCAGAAACUUCUGCUCACAGUCCCCGUUGGACGGAAGACGAAAGAGCAAUUGUUUUAAAGAUAAUUAUAGCUGGAGCUUUUUACCCAAACUAUUUCACGCGCACGAAUUUAAAUGAUUUCGUUCGCGAACAUGGCAUUUAUCAUAUACUAUGUGGUAAUGAUCCCUGCAAUACGGUAUAUUUUACAAAUUUCGAUAAUCGACUCAUUGGUCAAUUGUAUACGCGUUCGUUUAAAGAUCUAUUUAAGUCAGCAUAUAUAUGUCCCGAAGAUAUUGAAGUGCGUUUUCAACCCGGCUCUCAACGAGUCUUUAUCACAUUUAAUAAUGAGGCAAAUUUCGGCAGUGAAAAUAUUGUCGAACGUCUUAUGGUGCCAGGACGGGUAAGACCGGAAAUUUAUAAAGCGAUACGAAUGCGUAUGUCUCGCAUGACUUUCAAUCUUAAUGUAAUGAACCAAGACGAGGGCAUAAAGUAUGCUCUAAAACAUGAUUAUGGCUCUAUAGAGAAUGGAGUUUGGCGGCCAAACAAACAAUCCAAUGCAACUAAUGGAUCAUUUGUAUUGCCCACAAUCUUGGAAAAAAAUUUAAUUGGAUUCAUUACGCAUAUCGAGAAUUGCAGUAAAUUUUUCUUUUUACCUAUGAGCGAAUUUGAAUGUUUACGCGAAAUUGAUGAAAUUUUAAAUAGAUCUAAGGAAAGAAAUUUGUGUUCAUUCGAUAAUAUUGAUAAAAUAUAUAACGGUCUGAUUGUAUCGGCCCCACUCAAUGGAAGAUAUUGCAGAGCUAAAGUUUUACAUAAAACAUAUAACAAAGAAAACGAAAGACAAUUUAAAUUAUUUUUCAUCGAUAACGGAUACCUGGCCGAUAUACACUUUACUAGCUUGAGAAGAAUACCAGAGAAAUAUAGAUUAAUGCCUCCGCGUGUUUUUGAAUGUCGUCUGGCGAUGGUGCAGCCAUCAACGGUUAAAUCAUCAACAUGGCAAUGGUCGAAAUCUGCUAAGCAACUUAUGGAAAAUUACACCAAAAAAAAUGAAGUCCAUAUUGAAGUGUAUUCAGUGGUAUACGGUAUAGCUAAUGUGUUCAUUAAAUUGGAAAAUAUCACCUUAAACGAUUUGUUAGUACAGAAACAAUAUGCAAGCAGGACUGAGGAAAACUAUUUAUCAAAAACUGAUCACGAUUUGCGUUUGCGGAAACAAAUUUUGGCGGACUAUUAUAAAACCAAUAUUAAGAAUCGUAAAAGUGAAGAUUAUAUGCCUUCCUUGCCAUCUAGCGCCGAAAUCGGUGUUGAUCAUCCACCGCCUACUGAACUAUGCAAUAAGGUUAUAAAAUUGCGUGGCCCUUACAGUCCUUUAGAAACGAGAAUUUUUUCAGCUACUAAUGCCGGCUGCUUAAAAUCCACACAGAUCGAAGGAAAUUCUGUUAACUCAGUGUUAAUUGAUACCGAUCCGCAGGAUGUGCAUGAACGUUUAAUUGUCGCUGCUGAUGUUACAGAAAAUGCGUCCAACAGUAUAAUUAUAGCCCGAGAUACCACGCUCAUGCCAAAUAUACACGGAUUUGCGGCAUUAGUUACAAUGAUGUUUUGUCCGACCAUGCAAAUCGAACGCAACAGGGCCCAUACAAAAUAUAUAAAUAUUUUAGCCGGCUUGGGUUAUGAUGAGCACACAUUUAAGCCUCUAUAUGGUGAACAUGAUUUGAUUUUGAAUUUGGAUGCCGAAUUCGAUACAAAUGAUUUUCAAUUGAUAAAUCACUUACGUUACAGCAUGGACGCUAUUCUUUACGCGGAACCAGGUGAUCAACAUCCCAAUAUUAGUCCCGGUUGUGUUGGCCUUCUGCAAACAGAAAUUAAAGAUGUCAUUGUCAAAUUAUUAAAGAAAAAUCGUAAAUACAUUGGAACGAACGGCAAUGCUAGUUGCAAUAUUUGGAAGAGAUCUAAUGAUGAUGAAGUUUUCGAAAAUGUAAACGUAUUUGGAGACCGUUCCAUAUUUCCAAUGCAUUCAGUGUUGCGUUUGAAGCGUGAUAAACCUGAACUUAUACAUGAUUUAUUAUUACAUUGCGAAGAGUUGCAUAAUCUGCGGCAAUUAGAUUCGGUGCGAAAUAUUACUUGUCGCCUAUGUAAUCAACAUUUGAAUAAUGCUUCAGAAUUACGCAUACAUUUGCUUUCCCAAUUACACUGUGAUCGCGAACAGGAGAUACAUUUUAAACCGCUACGACGAUGAAGCGAUAAUUCUUUUUACUAUUUCGUUCGUAGCUUUGAAGCUUUUUAUGUCCCCUGCAAAUGAAUUCAAUUUAUUGAAAUCUUUUUUUUACAUUUCAUUUUAUUAUAUUUAUUACUAUUACCGCAAUUUCUGUACCUCGUAAUAAAAGGAGAACUUUAACAUUAGUCCUUCCACAUGUCACCACUAAACGCAACGGAUUAAUGGAUAACGAAGAUUCAUCACUCAAAUGGAUAUAUUGGUCUUAUCCUCAACAUUU